AUGAGACUAAGAGCUUUUAUACUUUUAGUAGUUUUAAUUGGGACUGCUAUGGCAGUGACAAUGAAAACAAAAUUAAACUCUCCUUAAGCAAAGGCUAUUGAAAAUUUGAGAAACGCCAAGCAUUCAUGGAGUAAACUUGUUUUAAAUUUGGCUGAAUUGCAUAUGAUGAUGACUGAUUCUAGCUAUGAUGAUUUGGAAUAAGUAUUAAAUGACUUAAUUUAAGAUCUAAGUGAUAAAUCUUAAAGAUAUCAAAACAAUUAUAAUGAAGAAACCUCAGCUCAUAACGAAGCAGUUAGCCGCUUUAAUUCUGAAAUUUCUUCCGCAAAUAGUGAUAUAGCUUCAACAACAUCUUUAUUAAAUGAUGUUUUAUAUCCAAAGAAGCAUGAUCUUGAAAUUACAAUAGCAAGCUAAGAAUAAGACAUAGAUGAUUCAUAAUCAUACAUUGAUAAAAUUACAAGUGAUAGAGAGGAGUCUCAUAAUAAAUGGAGUGAAAGAGUUGAGGAUCACAAUUCAGCUGUAAUAGCAAUAGAAGAUGCAGAAAAGAUUUUAAAUUAGCUUUUGUAUGGUGAUCCAGUUUCUAUGAUCUAGGUUUAAGCAUCAAAAAAUGCUUUAAUAAAAAUUGAAAAGCAACUUAGUAAGAAAAUAGAUUCUUCUUUAGCUAAGGCUCUAGUUGAUUUAGCUACAAAGGAAUAUGCUAACUAAGAGACUGUUCGUAAGGUGUUAGAUAUGCUUGAAUAAAUCAAAAUAAGUAUUUAAAACUCUCUAGUAAGUGAAAAUUCUAAUGAAAACAGAGAAUAAUCAGAUUUUGAAAAGAAUUUAGAAAUAACAAAUGAGCAUAUUUAUAACGUUUCAAACUCUCUUGCUACUAAUAAGAAUGACUCAGAUAAUACUAACAAUACCAUAUAGCAAAAUGAAGCUUUUCUAACAUUAAGAAAAGAAGACUUAACAAGAGCCACAAGUGAUUUAGAAGCAGAGUAACAACAUUUCUAAUAGAUUACAAACAACUUCAAUGAUAUAAUUGACUAAAUUAAUACUGAAUUAGACUCAUGUCAUUAAGCUUUAGCUGUUAUAGAAAAUGGUACAUUUGCAAAUUUCAUUUAAGAAAAGUUCCAUAACAUAUAGUGA